AUGUCGACUCUCGAACAUACGAAGAAGACCUACACCUUGAACACGGGUGACAAGAUCCCCGCAAUCGGUCUCGGUACCUGGCAAUCUAAGCCCAACGAAGUCAGAGAGGCCGUCAAAAUUGCUCUGUUGAAGGGUUAUCGCCAUAUUGACACUGCCCUCGCCUACGGUAACGAAGCUGAAGUAGGCCAAGGCAUUAGGGACUCGGGUAUUCCUCGCGAAGAGAUCUGGAUCACCACCAAGCUUGAUAACACAUGGCACCACCGUGUGCAGGACGGAAUUGACUCGUCUCUCAAGAGCCUUGGUGUGGAUUACGUCGAUUUGUACCUUGUGCACUGGCCAUGCUCGACCGAUCCUAACGAUACGUCGAAGCAUCUUCCCGACUGGGACUUCAUCAAGACAUGGCAAGAGAUGCAGAAACUGCCUGCCACUGGCAAGGUCCGCAACAUUGGUGUUUCUAACUUUGGUAUCAAAAACCUUGAGAAGCUUCUCAAUGAUCCAAGCACCAAGAUUGUCCCCGCAGUCAAUCAGAUUGAACUGCACCCGAACAACCCCUCGCCUAAGCUCGUGGCCUACAACACUUCCAAGGGUAUUCAUUCUACCGGCUACUCUUGCCUUGGCUCAACAAAUUCUCCUUUGUACAAGGAUCAGACUCUCUUACAAAUCGCAGAAAAGAAGGGUAAGACCCCUCAGCAGGUUCUGCUUCAGUGGGGUCUACAGAAGGGAUGGAGUGUAAUCCCAAAGUCUGUCAACAAGGAGCGCAUUGAAACCAACUUUGAGCUUGAUGGUUGGGAUCUGACAGCCGACGAGGUAAAUCAAUUGGAUAACCUCAAGGACCGCUUCAAGGUCUGUGGCGACAGCUGGCUGCCUGUCAAGGUGUUCUUUGGUGAUGACGAGUAA